UUUGAUGCUUUUGUGGAACCAAACUUUUGGCGUGCAUUGUGGAACUACAUAAACACCGACGAACAUAUUUGCAAUCGGAUUAUAAAUACUUGUAACGUCAUUUCCUCUGUCUUUUCCGAGGGAGUUGUAGCAAUGGCCCUUGUAAUUCCUGAGAAGUUUCAGCACAUUCUUCGUGUUCUCAACACGAACAUUGAUGGACGCAGAAAGAUUGCCUUUGCUAUCACAGCUAUUAAGGGUGUUGGCAGGCGUUAUGCCCAUGUUGUGCUAAGGAAAGCGGACAUUGACCUGAGUAAGAGGGCUGGAGAACUGACGGAAGACGAGGUUGAACGUGUAAUCACCAUCAUGCAAAACCCCCGCCAGUACAAAAUCCCAGACUGGUUUCUUAACAGACAGAAGGACAUUAAAGAUGGCAAAUACAGUCAGGUCUUGGCAAACGGUCUUGACAACAAGCUCCGUGAGGACUUGGAGCGUUUGAAGAAAAUUCGUGCCCACAGGGGUCUGCGACACUUCUGGGGCCUGCGUGUGAGAGGCCAGCACACAAAGACCACUGGAAGAAGAGGUCGUACUGUGGGUGUAUCAAAGAAGAAAUAAGCUUGCAUGCUGUCAAUAAAAGUUUUAAAAUCA